AUGAGGCCUACGCUGAGCUGGUCUCCUCGGAUAACGCCAGUACCGUUGUGGGUAGGGAAUUUCAUCAGCAACAUGUGGGGGGGACAAGUGGGCUUUGACCCUAGUGAGUGUCGUCCGUCUUACGAUGACGUUGUAUGCCGUUGUGCAGUCGAAGAUGAGAAAUUGGUCGUAGGUCAUCGUUAUUCUAGGGGCAACGCCGAACGCGAUGGGCAGACUGAUACUGCCGACUGGCUGGACCAGAUCCCCAGAAAAACUGAGUAG